AUGGGGUCUAUACUUCGCCUGAUGAAGUUUCAGGCUGUCUUAGCGGGUUUGGGUCUUCUGCCGGCUGAUUUCGCCGAUGCUUCGUCGCUGCCUGGGUCGUCGGCUUAUGUAGCCCAGGCUGGUUUUCCGACGAGUGUUUUCUCGUCGUACCACUACCUUCCGGCAAAACCAACUCAGCAGCCUCAACCUGCGAUCUAUGACCCGGUGUUGAAUAUUACAUUCCCUCAUAACUUGACAAACCCCGACACCAUCCCCGAGGAGAAUAAUGAUCCCGUGGUCUUCCCGAAGCCGCUCCACAGACUAUCCAAGCAUCAACAGGAAGUGCUGCUCCAGCGAACGCUAGCCAAUGUAACGAGCAUUCUCAAUGGCAGCGGAAACGCAGACAGCUGCAGCAGAUGCAAGGCCGCGCUGUCUGCGGCCAAGCCGGCAGCUCUGUAUGCUCCUAAACUAGUCCCCGAUGCCAUGACUUCUUUGUGCAAGAAGUUCCAGUUCAAAUCGGACGAGGAAUGCGAGAAUGAAUAUACCGAGACGGCUUUCGGGGUUCCCUGGACGCAGGUGCUUUACUAUGCGGAUGUUGAGGGCUCGGAUGGGGACUAUAUCUGCUAUUAUCUGAAUAGUGAGGUUUGCGGUCAGCCGCAGACUCGCCUGGACACGACCAAUCUGUUCCCGAAGCCGAAGCCAUCAGAGGCCAGUGUACCGAAGGCUAGUGGCGAGCGGAUCAAGGUCCUACAUCUGUCUGAUAUUCAUCUUGACCCGCGGUAUUCCGUGGGUGCCGAGGCAAACUGCACGUCCGGGAUGUGCUGUCGGACGAACCUUCACAACGCGGAAUUCGAGGAUCAGGUGGUUCUGCCGGCCCCGGUCUAUGGUGCGUACAAAUGUGACACGCCAUAUGAUCUGACUCUGGCUGCCCUGGAAGCGCUUGCUCCUUUGACCGGGACCGGCGAGGGCAAGGAUCCGUUGGCUUUCACUUUGUACACGGGAGAUUUGGUUUCGCAUGACAACCCUGCUGUCCAGGUGGACAGGGCUUAUACCGAGUACACGGAAACGAGCGUGUUUGGUAUGCUCAAAUCGUACCUCACAGGGCCGGUUUUUGCGGCCCUGGGUAACCAUGACACGAGUCCCGAGAACAUCUCGCCGUCUCAUAAGCUCCCGGGUCCGUUGGGCCAGCAGAACAGCUGGAACUUUGAGCAUUUAGCUGGUCUGUGGCAGCAUGGGGGUUGGGUUGAUGCAAAGACCGCUGCGGAGGCCAGUACACACUAUGGUGGCUAUUCGGUCAAAACGCACUACGGCUUGCGUGUGAUUACUUUCAACACAGACUUCUGGUAUCGAAGCAACUUCUUCAACUUCAUUAACACCACGCAGCCCGACAACUCAGGCGUGUUCUCCUGGAUGAUCUCCGAGCUCCAAAAAGCCGAAGACAACCACGAGCGAGUCUGGAUUGUCGGCCACGUCCCGUCUGGUUGGGAUGGAUCGAACCCUCUCCCUAACCCUACAGAUCUCUUCUACCAGAUUGUAGAUCGCUACUCGCCGCACGUCAUCGCCAACAUCUUCUACGGCCACACCCACGAGGACGAAUUCAUGAUCUACUAUUCGAACAACGGUACCGUGCAAAACACCGACACCGCUCUAACGACCGGCUGGAUCGGACCCAGCAUAACGCCAUUGACGAACCUGAACAGCGGGUUCCGGAUGUAUGAGGUCGACACCGGAGACUUUAACGUUUACGAAGCGUAUACGUUUUUCAGCAACGUGUCGGAGUAUUCAUCUCUUGAUAAGACCGGCCCAGUGUACCGGUUUGAAUAUUCUACGAGAGAUACCUACGGAUCUGCCGCGGGAUGGGGUAAGAAUGACCCGUUGAACGCGACGUUCUGGCAUCGGGUCACCGAGGCGAUGGAGGAUGAUGGCGAGCUGGUCACGUUGCAGAAUCGACUGCAGGGUCGAUUGAGCGUUAAGAGCCCGGAAUGUGUCACCGACGCGUGCCGCGAGGCGAAGAUCUGUUAUAUGAGAAGUGGUAGCGCUGCGCUUGGGAGACAGUGUACCCAGGGGUACGGGUCUGUACAAAGUCCGUUCAAGCCAUAG